AUGAUAGGAGAUUAUUAUCUUCUCAUAAAAGUAAAAGAUUUGAUCGUUUUAGCUUUUAAGCUUUUAAGCUGUUUUUUUAUUUCUUUCUUCUUUUAUUAAUUAAAAAUAAAAGAGUUGGCGUCAUUUUGUGUUUUUAGAGAAGAAAUUUAUGGAGAGGAAAUCAAUUUUGAUUCUCAAAGAAGAACAAGCUUACCCUCAAAUAAAAAUAAAAGAUUAGGAGAUUUGUUGUUUUUUCUGACACAUCUAGAAAAGAAGAAACAAUAUCAAAAGUAAAUUUAUCAUAAUUAUUUAAAACUAAUAUAGAAAAGAAAUAGAUUAUUUAAGAUGAAGUUUAGAGCAAAAAUCAACUAUGAUUAUGCUAAUAACAAAGAGGAUUAUAGGGUAUAAGUAAAGAUAGAAGUUUAUAAUGUCAGGAAUAAAAAAUAUUAACAAAGUGAAAUAUUUUUAAAUUUAAAUGAAUGAAAUAGCUAUAAAAUGGAUGUUAACAAGAAUUUUGGGAGAAACUCAAG